AUUGUUGAUGGCUUAUCUGCGUUUUGGGAAAUUUUAGAAGGUCCAAGGAUAUAGUCUGAAAUGGCUGAAGCAGAUCUGGAACUAUGCCUUUCUACUGCACUGAAGCUUGCCCGCGAAGCUGGUGGGAUGAUAAAAGAUGCAUUUAAGAAGAAGAAAAAUGUUAUGCUCAAGGCGUCUCCAAUUGAUCUGGUUACAGAGACUGAUGAAGCUGUUGAGAAGUUCCUAUUCUCCGAGCUACGCAAGGUGUUUCCACAGCAUCGGUACAUCGGCGAAGAGUCGGUGGCGGCCGGCGCCAAGGUGGACUUCACUGACGCGCCCACCUGGAUCAUUGAUCCCGUGGACGGCACCAUGAACUUCGUGCACAGCUUCCCAUUCACGUGUGUCUCCAUAGGUCUGACUGUAAAUAAGGAGCCGGUGAUUGGAGUUAUAUACAACCCUAUUCUCGAUCAUAUGUAUCAUGCGAGAAAAGGACACGGUGCUUUCCUGAAUGACGAGAAAAUAACGGUCUCAGGGGAGACGGAUUUAAGCAAGUCGCUAGUCAUCGGCGAGAUGGGCACCAGUCCGAUUCCCGAGAAGAGGGAAUGUGUUUUCGAGAACGCCAGGAUAUUGGUCGGCAAAGCUCACGGGUACCGGUUCCUGGGCUCGGCGGCGCUCUGUAUGUGUCUGCUGGCGGAGGGCGGUGCCGACGUGUACUACACGUUCGGCGUCUACUGCUGGGACGUGGCGGCCGGCUGCGUCAUCUGCCGCGAGGCCGGCGGUGUGGUGCUCGACACGGCAGGUUCCGCUCGCUGGGCUCGUGCGCGCUCAACAUGUGUCUGGUGGCGUCGGGCGCUGCCGAGCUGUACCACGAGGCGGGCAUCCACUGCUGGGACGUGGCCGCCGGCGCCGUGGUCGUCACUGAGGCGGGCGGCGUGGUCAUCGAUACGGCCGGUGGCGAGUUUGACCUGCUGUCGCGCCGGGUGCUGUGCGCCAGCUCGCCGUCUCUGGGUCAGGAGGUGGCCUCCCUGCUCCACCAGUACCAGCCGCCGCGCGACUAGGGACCUCCAGCCGUGCCGGGCGGCCCACCGCUACCGAGGGUGGCGAGGGCGGUAUGGCAGGAGCGUGUUCCGGCUCAGGGACUGGUCUGGAUGAUAGACGACGGAUAGCGGGUGAACUGGGGUAGAACUCAAUUAACCUGUCAGUAUUUCAACACUAGUACUGGACUAUGUUAUAUGACUAGAGAGUAGAGGCGGAUAUAACGUAAUUCACGUUAUGGGACAAGGUUUGACGCGAUAAACGGGUUGGCUGAUACAGUGAUAUUGGAAUGUCUUUACACUUUUAUCAAUUCUCAAUGCGCCUAGGAUGUUGCUUGUCUAAUUGUUGAAAGCCAUUUUUGUUGUGAAUUUUUGAUAUGUACUUUUAGUUCAGCGUUCGUAUGCUUGAGUAUGCGUACCGAGUUUUCGUGUAUAAUUAUUUUCACACUUGUUAUAAAGUGAAUGUCGUGGAAGUUGUGUACUUUUAACGAGGCAUUGUCUUGUGUUGGUUAUUUCUUAUCAGCAUUCAUAUUCAUCCAGCGUCGUUUUCUCAUUUUAUCGAAAAAAGUAUCUUUGAUCAUCAAUUAGUCUUUGUUGACGCUACAUUUCUUGAUGAUUGUCCCCGAGAUGAUUCAAAUAGCUUCUCCACAUUUGAUAGUUUCAAAUUGAUACGACAGCUGAAUUUUCAGUCAUUCUCUAGCAUGUGUCUCGCAAAUGCUAAGGUGAAUUUAGGGUAACGAAUGAGCUUUUGCUAGGUACAUCAGUCGCGAUAAAAAAUAUGUCGGUCGAAUAUAUCACUGCCA